AUGCUCUCUGGCGGCGCCCUGGGCGCGCUGGUGCUGGGAAUGGUGGCCGCCGCCCUGUGGCGCCGCGGCUGGCCCCGCCACGCGGCGCUCGGCCUCGGGCCGGCGCCCCACUUUUCCGAUGAUCUGGAGGCAGCGAUCGCAGAGAUCUGGGACUGGGUGGCGGAGCCCAUCAUUUUCGGAACCAUCGGGGCCAGCAUCAACUUCUCCGCUCUGCCCGCCGGCGUCGCCGCACGCGCCGCGUUGAUCGUCCUCACCGGGCUGGCGGUGAGGGUCAUCGCGACUUUUUUGACAAUGUACGGGCAGGAGGGCCGCGCCGGGGACCACCCGUACAGUUUCCGCAGCCGCCUGUUCUUUGCCGUCGCGUGGACGCCGAAGGCGACAGUGCAGGCCGUGCUCAGCGGCACGCCGCUGCACCUUGUGAAGAUCCUGAAAUCAGGAGCCCCUGACUACGACCAGUGGCUGCAGUGGGGCCACGAGAUCCAAACCACAGGCGUGAUCUGCAUCCUGAUCUGCGCGACCCUGGGGACCCUGCUGGUGCAGGUCUUUGGGCCAAAGCUCCUGGACGAGGCGCCUAAAGCUGAGGAGGAGCGGGAGUGCCUGACAGCACUGGCAGCCAAGGCAGACUCCGACGCCCUGCUGUGA